UUAUGUCAAUUGAAGUUUGAUUUUGGAAGGGCAUGUUUACAGUUGUGUUUGAAGAUCAGUUUUUAUUUUUCAUAUUUGUGAUAAUAUAAUAUACAUGGAUGAACUGCGAGGGCCUAGCAUACAAGUAGUGCUUCAUGUUAAAGAAGGUCUUGGGUUUGGUUUUCUGAGGACUUCAUUCGUAGUCAGCGGCUCCCUGAAUGGAUAUAUGUUAGAAACAGAUCCCAUUGCACCCUCGCACGCCCCUGUUUUCGACGCGGAACUUGUUUGGGAGGCUGAUAAACGAAGAUUUCGCAGCUUGAGGGUGCAAAAUGUCCCAGUUAAAGUGGAGGUAUUCACAAUGGGCAGUCAGGGUCGGAAGGAUAAAGUUGGGUACUUACUUUUGAGCCUUCUCGGAGCACAACCUUGCCCGUCUAAUAAAAUUAUUGAUGUGAAACACUCAUGGCACAAGUUGCUGGGGGUGAGGAGUGAAGGGAAAUGCUGUCACCCCCAGCUGUUGAUGAGCUUAUCCAUUGAAGAUAGGGUUAACACACCUACACCUAGAAAUGAAUUACGAAUGUUCCACAGUAAUGAAGUGGCAUACCCAACGUAUGCAACUGCAAAUCCACCUGCAGCUAGAUCUAUGCUGUUAACACUAAAUGAAUACAUUGCGGAGAGCAAGAAAACAGUUUCAUCUCCUGAGCUGCAGCCGCAGUUGUUGUGCGAUGAGGGACUCAUACAGAUCGGCGGCGGGCGACAACUGUUCGUCCUCAGCUUUGUUAUUGGCAGCGUUGAAAAUGUUGACUUGUUAUUACCAGAACAAGGAAGGGCGAAGGAUGCAGUUGAUUGUUAUGUAACAUACUCUGUUUUUACACAUAAUGUUAUGACAGACAGGGUAAGGACGUCCACAGCGGGUAGUGGUGUGGGUCUGUCGGCCCACUUCAACCAGCGCACGUCACUACGCCUCGCGUCUGACCUGCCGACUCUCGCGCGGUACUUCGCGGAGUGUUCGUACCUCGUCACUCGCGUGUGUGCGAACGAGAAGGAUAUAGGCAUCUGCAGCAUGGACCUACGUAAACUUAUACCCACAAACGACACAAAACAUUUCGUAGAGAAGUUUUGUAAUACUGACAACGCGUUGACGAUACAAGAGCGUUGCUACAUACUGCGGUGCGACGACGCAAGCGAGUCCAACUCGCGGCGCCCGUACGUCGAUGUGGAGAUGAGUCUCAGAUACGUCGGAGUGAGGGAGAAUGCUCAGAAACCUAAACUAACGGCCCGCAGCGCCACCCACCUGGAGAGCGGCAGGAAGGGACCGGACGUGCAGCAACACGACUCGCUGGAGUUCAAGAGUGGAAGCUGCACCAACAUCGACCAGGACGUCGGCGGCGUCGCCUACACCAACAUGGCCGCCAGAAAUACUGCCAGAUACACAAACGCGUCGGGCGACGCGGUACUCCAGACAAACGAAAUAGCAGAACUGAUAAAGAAGAUGUGCGACUCAUUCGCUCUCAGUCAAGAGAAAUUGAUCGCUUCCCGCUUGAAGCCAACCACGAGCGACGUGCAAGUGCAGUGUCAGGUGGAAGAUAAAGAGGCUGCAGUGAACGAGAGUAAACCUGAAAGUGAACCAAUCAAGUUGGAGACCAGUAAAAGCGAUACUUGCAUAACAAAUAACCACUUUGACAAAGUGAGGAACGUGCUCACGUCUAUGGAUCGCGACGCCAUCAUGCAGAAGUUUGUCGACGAACUCGAAGACUGGAAGGAGAAGCAACAGGAACUGUUCAAAUGUCAGCUUCGAAGAAAAGAAGAAUAUCACUUAGAUCUUCUCGCCAAGGAGUGGGCGAAGAAGCGCGUGGAGUUGGAGUGCAAGCUCAGCAAAGGCAUCGAGCAGUGCCGCAACCUCGCCGCCGACCUCAGCCGCGCCACCGACGACUUCCGCCUCCGGGGAUAUCGGAACACCGAGCGGGAAAAAAAAUUAUUAGAAGCAAAGAAAGCACUAGAGUCGCACUACACGGCGAAGUACCAGGAGUUACGGGACGCGUCGCAGAAGAUGGAGGACGACAUGAACCAUCGCCUCAAGCUCAAGGACAUGAGGAUUGACGAGCUGCAGCUCAGCGUGGCGCAGCUCGAGAAACAGGUGGACGUGUUGAAGAAUAACAUAAAGAACAGUGAGAAGGAAGCCGAAAGCAAAUAUUCAGGGCUGACGAAAGAUCAGACGGCCAGUUUGAUACAGGAAUUGCGUUGCCUAGAGGAGAAGUUGGACAGCGCGGUGCAGUCGAAGUCGUUCUUCAAGGAGCAGUGGGGCCGCGCCGUCCGCGAGCUGCAUCUCCUCAAGCUCAGCACGAGGAGGCAGAUGCUGAGCCAGCUGCAGCAGGACAGGAGGCAGCUUGGACAGAUGGGAUUACAAACAAUAGAAGAUCAAGAAGAAAACAAUCACAAUCCAGUUGACAUAAAGAAAUUGAAAGAUGAUUUUUACGCUGACAUACUUACAAAUAUGCCUACUUUAGAAUCCAACUCAGUCAUAAGUACUACGGGGCCAGAAGGAUUGGACAUAUACGAUAAUAUAAAAAACAUGCCUAAAAAUCCUGUGAAUGAAAAACUGAAUGAGCUGAUAGCGCAGCGCGACCGACUCAUUCAAAACGAAAGUCCAGACGAAGAGUUAAUUAAACAUUUGAACCAUGAAAUUAGGAGUAUGUUGCUUAACUGUGGGAACUAAAUGAAGGCUUUGUUGAAGAGUCUUAUAUUAUAACUAGAUAUUUAUAUUUACCAAAGGCGAGUCAUUGAAUGAUUCUGUACUAUAACAUGGUAUGGGGCAGUUUUCAAUUAAUUUGAAUUUCGUGUAACCGUUUCUGAACUUAGACUGUGAUGAGUAUAUUAUCACUAAACCAUUGAAGCUAUUUGCGUUAUAACAAAUACAUUACGUAUUUUGAUGUUUAAAUAAAAUUGACUAUUUGGUUCAAAGAAUAUUUUAUCUUGAUGUGCAAAUUAUAAUUUGAGUUUUGGGGUUCCCAACAUUGAAAGGAACUUAGGUAACAAGCAAAUUAAUGUCAAGUACCCAGGCCUAUGAUCUCUUUCAUGUAUUAAUAAUUAAACUUGUAAGUAAAUUUGAUCAAACCAUAUUAUCCUUUAUGUUGCAUAUUUUGCAUUUUCACAAGGGAAACCAAUACAUGGUGUAUUUCCCGUUUAUCUUUAGUCAUGGCAUUUAACAAGAAGCAAUGUCUUACAGCAUAUGUCAAGGAAAAAAUCGUAAAUAAGUACUUUAAUAACAAAAAAAGGUUGUUUGUACGGAACAUUGCCUUUGAACAAGAUAAACUAACAAUUCUCUGGAUAUUAUAUUGAUUACCUAAAUUUUUAUCAUUUAUUAUUCUAUAAAAUAUUUUUAAAUACUUGAAUAAAUGUCAGAGAAUUUUGCAGGACCGCUUUAAAGUGCCGAUUGUAUUUUUAUACAUAAUCCUAUCUGAUUGUGACAAAUAAUUACUUGACAGUGUUAAUUUUAUAACUUUUUAUGAUAUGUAUUAUCAAUUGUUAUGUUAUUGUAUACUAGAAUUACCCCAUUUUCACUGUGGUAAAUUGUCAAACAUUUGUUAUAAAAUUAAAUAAAUGUUUGUUAUAUAAUGAUGA